AUGAGACUCAUAAGACGACUUGUCCACCGGUCCCGGUCAGGAUCCAGGGACGGUUCUGACCAUUCCGAAACGUCCUCUCCAGCCCGUCCCCAGGGCGGUCUAAGUGCCACAAACACGAACGAGCCGACAAGUCCGGGAAUUUCUCUUCAUGAUGCAGCCACCGAGGGAUUGACAGAGACCGUUCGCUGGCUCCUUGAUCGGGGCGUUCCCGUGGACCACACUGAUGACAAAAACGCAACAGCCUUGCACCUAGCCAUCAAAGAAGGUCAUGUCGAUACUGUACGACUUCUUUUGGCUCGCAACGCCGAUAUUGAGAGCCCAUAUGGCCCCAUACAAUCAAAGCCCGUGCACAUGGCAGCAACGACGCUGAAUCCAGCUCUGAUGGAAGCUGUACUGGAAUAUAAGCCGAGCCUGGAAUCAAGAUGCAAUGGGCUGACGGCACUGUACAUUGCCAUCGCCGCGGGGAAUGAGGACGUGGUUAGGCUACUUCUGGAAGCGGGUGCAGAUGCAAAGGCCAGGACCACCUGUGAGGUUGGCACAGGAGAGUCCGUCCUGCACAUGGCAGUCGGAUGGUUUCACAACUCAAUGCUCGCCCUCCUUAUUCGCUAUGGGGCCGAUGUAAAUGUUGCAGGUACAAAUCCAAUCGGGCAAACGGCCUUGCACAUUGCAGCUGAAUACGGAAACACGGAAGCCAUCACUGAGCUCAUCAAAUAUGGCACCAACAUUAAUGCAAAGUUUCCCGACGGCCAGACUGCCUUGGAGGUUGCAGCGCAGAAAGGUCAGAUUGAGGCAGUCUCGGUCUUAAUUGACCAUGGUAUGGAUCCGCUGGCAAAGUUCGAUGGAAAGCAGAAUGCCAUAUACAUGUCAGUCAUCCACGGCAAAAAGGAAAUGGUUGAGUGGUUUCUAGACCGAUACACGGAUCGCAUGGAUCACAUGACGAAGCUCAAUCUUGCCAUUGCGGCCGCUGGCACAAAUCGCAUCAAGAUCCUCGAGAUGCUUGAUAAAAGGGGAUACCCCAUCAUUGAAGUCGAUGACCAUGGUAUAACUGGGUUGUUUCUGGCUCUCCACUUCAAGCACUAUGAUGCCGUGGUUUACUUGUUAAGACGAGGGGCGGAUCCAGAGCCUCAGAUCCCGAAAGACCCAAAUUCAUGGGUAUCCAAGGAUCCUGACCUGCAGAAAGGCCACGACCUGCUCCGUAGUGCGAAGAGUCAACGCGGCUCGCAGCCCAACUCGGAACUGUUCCCGGAAUGGCGAUACAAGGAGGAGGAGGACACUUCUGCCUCAUUCCAGGCGAGGCUCAUGGCUGGUGCAACCAGCGUGAAUGCGACCCGGAAAGUUCAGGCAAGCCAAGAGCCUCCAGGCAUUUUUGCCUGCAGAGUGUGCCAUGAUUUGGACUUUCGAAGAGGGAUGCCACGGGAUGCAGAGCUGGUGUACUUUAUUGGCAUGGCGCAGAUAGAGUCAGCUGUCAAUAGCUGCCGCGGCUGUCGCUUCCUGCUCGAUUGCCUAUCCCAGAUCCGCGCAGCCGCGACGUGGCCUGUGGUUGGCACUGGCAGAGAUGUAUCGGUACAGGGCUGGACUGAUGCUCGUGUCAGCAUUACCAAAGGCCUUCUCCAAAAAUGUACCACCAAUCAUACUCAAUGUCACUUUACAGUUGGGAAAUUACCUACUAGAGUGAUACGAAUUCCGUCGGCGGGUGAACCACACCUCUACGUAAGUAAAGGCGAGAGGGCCAGGUACAUAACCCUCAGUCAUUGCUGGGGCGGUGUCAGUCCGUUGACCACGACGACCGUAAUUCUUUCGAAGCGGCUCCGAGAGAUUCCCUUUAAAGUUCUCCCCAAAACUUUUCAGGAUGCUGUCACCAUCACACGCAGUCUGGGUGUCGAGUAUCUCUGGAUAGACGCGCUUUGCAUCAUCCAGGAUGAUAGAGAUGAUUGGGCUCGAGAGGCUGCGAGGAUGAAGGGCGUCUAUGCCGACUGCUAUGCGAUGAUAUCUGCAAACCGCUCAGCCGAUCCAAAUGGCGGGUGUUUUGGCUCGGGCAUCGACAAGCAGAGCCUCAGCUAUGCGGUGCACUCUCUAGGGCCGGGUCUCAGUAAAGUCAAGGCCUUUGUUCGACUUACCAACCUGCGCGACGCAUUCCACGCAGAAGUCGGCCAUAUAAUCGGAGACCACACCGAUCCAUCAGCAAACGGCCAAUCGCGGACGACUUUGAACAAGCGCGGGUGGUGCUUUCAGGAGAGAGUGCUUGCUCCACGCAUCCUGCAUCUGGGGCCUUCGGAACUCGCCUGGGAAUGUCCUGAGACAGUGGCCUGUGAGUGCAAGUGUAUAAUUACGCACCAUGACAGGGAGUCGAGAUUCAAGGCGUUGUUUGUCGAUCGCAUCCUGCGCGACGCCCAGCGGCAGAAAGCCUACCAUUCUCCCCAGGUGGACAUACUGCUGUGGAUGAACUUUGUGGAAGAGUUUACCCGGAGAGAGCUGACAUACAGUACCGAUAUCCUGCAUGCGCUCUCGGGCCUUGCUGAGUAUAUGGGUGCCGUUGUGCAAACCGACUAUCUAUGCGGUCUCUGGAAGAAGAACUUGGCUGAGUUUUUGCUUUGGCACGUAGACGUUCCCAGAUCGGACGACAUGAAUUACGAGUUUCUAAAGGCGCCGCGGCCAUUUAGAUCGACACCUUUGAGACGGACGCGCGCGCCUGGUACGCGAGCCAGGCGCCACACGACAUACUACGCUCCUUCGUGGUCUUGGGCGUCAGUCAUUGGACCCAUUUCCUUCCGAAUAGGGCGAUUGGACAUGAAAAAAGAGGACCAGGUCUCCCAUGUGCGCAAGGACGGCAUGCUGGAAGCGAAGAUGGCCAGAAAAUCUCUCCUUGGUCGCGUCGAUGCGAGCUGCACCGCCGACCCCUUGAACCGUUAUGGCCCCCCCAAGGUUACGGCAUCUCUGACGGUACGCGGUCUGACGGUUUCAGCUAUGUGGCUGGGAAAACGAGAUCCCACGGAUCCUCUUCACGGAUACAAGAGCGAGCAGAUUCUGACCUAUGGCGCCGUGUCUUCUGAUCCCGGCCCUUUGACAGCUGAUUUCUGGCCGGACCACCUUGACUAUGAAACAUUAGGUAUUUCUGUCGGCGAUGAAUUUCUGCUGCUGGCGACCAUUCUUGAUACCGAGGGCGUGGUUCCACAAAAAACCGACAGAGCAAUAUGGGGCGUCAGGGAAGCCACUGUGACAGGACUUGUACUUGCUUUGGGUGCAGUAUUUCCGCUGCGUCGUCCGUUGGACGACCAGGCUGCUGAGCGACCUGUUUAUCGACGGGUUGGCCUGUUUUCGGUGAACGCGGAUGAUUGGAAUCGUGUUCAGUGCACGCAGACAGUCAUUAUUAUAUAG